AUGGCUGAAAGACAGGAUUUUAAGGGUUUCAUACAUUCUCUGAUUUUUUUCUUUGCAAUUGAUAAUAUUAACCGGGAUCCUGACAUUUUACCCAAUAUUACCCUGGGAUACCACAUAUAUGAUUCAUGCUUAGAUCGGAGAUUGGCUGUAAAGCAUGUAUUACAUCUUCUGUCUGGCCCGGAUACGCUGAUACCUAAUUACUCUUGUACAGGCCAUGGCCAGCUGGCUGGUAUCAUUGGAGAUCACCACUCAUCCACCACUAUUCCUGCAGCACAGAUCCUUGGAAUAUAUGGACAUCCUCAGAUCAGCUAUGGAGCCACCGAACACUCAUUAUCCGAUAGAUUCCUCUAUCCACAUGUCUUCAGAUCUGUCCAGAAUCACCACAUCCACAAUAUGGUCAUCACCAAACUGUUGGAGCACUUUGGCUGGACCUGGGUUGGGAUUUUAGUGUCGGAUGAUGAUACCGGAGAGAAUGAACUGCAAAUACUGACAAAGUACAUGAGAGAGCACGGGAUCUGUGCCGCCUUCACCAUAAAACUUACAGAGCAGAAUGUCAAGAACAAUGAGCGGAUUUUACAAGUUAUGAAGAAUCCACAAAUCAAUAUCAUUAUAAUGGAUGUCCGUAAGUUGGAAAUAGGAAAUUUUACACCAUGGGCCGUCGGUGGAGAACAGCUUCGCAUAAACACCCAGUCAAUAACAUGGAAACAGACAAAGGAGAACACUGUCCCGGUAUCCCGCUGCUCAGACCCGUGUUUACCUGGAAGCCGGAAAAUGGCGAGACCAACAAUUCACACCUGCUGCUAUGACUGCGUCCCAUGUUCAGAAGGAGAGAUAUCCAAUAUAACCGAUUCUGACAGCUGCAUUAAAUGCCAAAGUGAUGAAUGGCCUAAUGAGAAGAGAGACCGAUGCCGGCCCAAAGUAGUGGAAUUCAUCUCUUACCAGAACGACACCAUUGCUUCUGUCUUCUCCUGUGUCUCGGUCUUCGGAUGUCUUGUGACCGGCUUCAUAUUUGGAAUAUUUAUUUUCUAUCGAGACACUCCUAUUGUUAAAGCCAAUAACCGGAACCUGAGUUACCUCCUCCUGGUCUCCAUCAUCCUCAGCUUCCUCUCUGUCUUCUUGUUUCUGGGUCGUCCCAAUGAUGUGACUUGUAGAUUACGUGAAACCAGUUUUGGAAUCUUCUUCUCAGUAGCCGUCUCUUCACUUCUCGCCAAGACUGUGAUGGUUUGUGUUGCUUUUAAGUCCACCAAGCCUGGAAGCCCUUGGAGAAAAUGGCUCAGUGUGAAACUACCAUAUACCAUAGUGUCAUUGUGUUCAUCCUUUCAAGCUGUAAUCUGUGUUAUCUGGUUGUCUAUUUCUCCUCCAUUCCAGGACCUGGACACUGACUCUUAUCCUGGAAAAAUCAUCAUUCAGUGUAAUGAAGGCUCAGAUAUCUGGUUCUACUCCAUGUUGGGUUAUCUGGGGCUCCUGGCAGCUGUGAGCCUUGUUCUGGCUUUCAUGGUGAGGACAUUACCGGACAGUUUUAAUGAGGCCAAGUACAUCACCUUCAGCAUGCUGGUGUUCUGCAGCGUCUGGAUCUCCAUGAUCCCGGCUUAUCUGAGCACCAGAGGAAAGAACAUGGUGGCUGUGGAGAUAUUUGCAGUAAUGGCUUCCAGUGCUGGACUUUUAGGUUGUGUGUUUUUCCCAAAAUGUUUUAUUAUUUUGUUUAAAUCUGAAAUGAACAGAAAAGCUGACCUGCUGGGGAAAAGAAUGAACUAA